GAUGCAGGGAUGCUGUUACCAUAGUAACUGCUGAGUCAUUCACUCCAUGUCUGCCUGUCAUGGAGCUUUGAUGUACCUCCCUGGACAGAUCCCUGUGCUACUUGCCACAGGAGCCUGCGCAUGAGGACUUGCAUCGCCACAGGUGGCCGAGCAUCUUUGGAGGGGGGCGUGCUAGCUAGCUUAGUGAGCUAGCCUAAUGGGUAACGCGCCCAUCGCGGUGAAGCAUUGCCUGAACUAUGGGGCUCUCAUGGGGGAUUCUCCCUGGAUGCCAUGGCUACUGCAGGAAAAGAAGGGGCCUGACAUACACAAGUUUCCAGACUUUGUCAAAAUUGUGGAGGUCGGGCCAAGAGAUGGACUUCAGAACGAGAAGGAAAUGGUGCCGACAGAGGUCAAAAUCCAGCUAAUAGACAUGCUCUCCCAGACGGGCUUGUCUGUGAUCGAGGCCACUAGCUUUGUGUCCUCAAAGUGGGUCGCUCAGAUGGCAGACCACACUGAAGUGCUGAGAGGGAUUAACAAGUUGCCUCAUGUCAGAUACCCGGUCCUGACGCCCAACCUGCAAGGCUUCCAGGCAGCCGUCGAAGCAGGCGCGAGCGAAGUGGCUGUGUUUGGUUCUGCUUCUGAAACGUUCAGUAAGAGGAACAUCAAUUGCUCCAUUGAGGAGAGCAUGCGGAGGUUUGAGCAGGUCAUCACCGCGGCCAAACAGGCAGGCAUACCUGUGCGGGGCUACGUUUCCUGCACUCUUGGCUGUCCGUAUGAAGGAGACAUACAACCGGCCCAAGUAAAAAAGGUGGUGAAGCGGCUGUUGGAGCUGGGCUGCUAUGAAGUGUCUCUGGGGGACACGACUGGCGCAGGCACGGCCGGCUCCAUGGCCGCAAUGCUACGCGCCGUGACCACAGAGGUGCCUGUCCACGCUCUGGCCGUCCACUGCCACGACACUUACGGCCAGGCCCUGGCCAACAUCCUGACCGCACUGCAGAUGGGGGUUUCUGUGGUGGAUUCCUCAGUUGCAGGCCUUGGAGGAUGCCCAUAUGCCAAGGGGGCAGGUGGUAAUGUUUCAACAGAGGACGUUGUGUAUAUGCUGCACGGACUGGGUAUCGAAACAGGAGUGGAUCUGUCCAAAGUCAUAGAGGCAGGAGAAUUCAUCUGCCAAGCUUUAAACCGACCCACCAGCUCCAAAGUUGCCCAGGCUACUAACAAGUCUAAGCCAUCGCUCAGCAGGUCGGACUGAAAGUACGAUAUAUACUUCAGCUGGAUCUUAUACGACCUCUAAGAAGACGUACAUACAAGUUUCAGCUGUAGAGGAGAGCAGGGCACAUCCUAACCCCUUUAAAAGAUGGUUCUUCAAGUUCUUUAGUAAAGGCAAUGGUUCUAUUUAGAAUCAUGAGUUCUAUUUGGAAACAUCUGCAUGCUUAAGUGCUUCUUUGCAUGGUGAAAUGGUUUAGUACUAUAUAUAGCAUCAAAAAGGGUUCUGCUAUUGCUAUGAUGGCAAGCGUGCAGCAAUAGAAGAUCCCUUUUUGGUAUAAUAUAGCACCAUUUUCCAAAAAAGUUCGAAACAGAACCAUAUACAACACAUUCUCUAUCAAUCUGAAGAACCAUUUCAAUAUGCAAAGAACCAUGGAAGCAUGCAAAUGCUUCUGUAUAGAACUCAUGGUUCUAAAGAGAACCAUUGCCUUUACUAAAGAACCCUUGAAAAAUAUUUUUAAAGUAUGUAUAACAGUUUUUUUAUGUAGGGAGACAGUUCAAAAACAUGAUUUUGGUCAUCAUCUUGUAUUUUCAUAAUAAUAUUAUCUAGGAAUUUUCACAGCGAUCUGACAUUUUUCCAGAAUCACCCUGAAUAGACCCUGAAAACGUUUUGAUAACACUUCCUGUACAUUCAUCAAGCUUUAUAAGUGUGUUUGUAAUGCAUUAUGUGGCUUAUGUAACACCUCAUAAUACCUAUCAUAAGCUUGUAUAUCCUAUAUAUAGUGUAUAUUUACAUGCAUAACACUUUAUCAAUCAAGAGUAUAUGAGCUCAUAAAGUCAGAUUACAUAAUGCCCAGAAAAUAUAUCAGAAUCUUGUUAUAUUGAGUUAUAACAUUCAUGUUUACAGUGGUCUUAUAAGCAGAUAUAAUUGUGUGUUAGAAUACCUAACAUUAUACAGUUCUGUUCAACUUGCUUCUUAAAAUGUUAGGCAUGUAAUUAAUACUUCCUACUUCCUACUAUGCAUAUACAUUAAUUACUUAUAAGCAGUGAUACAGGCUUAAGUCAGGCAUUAUAAGGUUUUCUGCAUGCCAUAUAACACCUUAUGGAUGCAUUUAUAAAUAAUUUUGAAUACAGGAUUUAUAGGAACUGCUACCAAAUGUUUUGUACCAUAAAAAUAAUGUUUUGUAUUUGAGUUAUGUGAACAAGUCAAAGAAUUAAUUCCAAUAUCAGUUCAAUCUCCCUCUUGGUGGUAUAUUAUAGCGCCAUUAAAGCAUUUAAAUAACAGAUAAUAAUGGAAAAAUGAGAAUUCCAAUUCCAACUUCUGCAUAAUUAAGUGGUUAAGAUGUAAACAAAGUCAUCCAGAGUUUGAUGUGAAAAGCUUUCUUGUAGAUAAACUAUAUAAACAUAUGAACAUAAUUUUAUGUCUGAACAUAUAAUUGGCUAAAUGAUGAUGUCUUAUUGGUCAGAAAUGCUGUUGGUGGUUAAAUGAUAUUGACAUAUUAACAAAUAUCUGAUAAGCUGACAGGCUUGAUGCUGACUGAUGGAGAGGAGCCAAAUCAGACCAGUAACCAGCAGGAUCUAAUGCUUAACAGUGUAGAUGAAUGUAGGCUCACUAUUUGGCAAGCAACAGGCCACAGCUGCACUGUUUAUUCAUAUAUUAUAACUGCUUAUUAUUUAUUUUAAGAUGUGUAAAACUUAAUUAACCUCUUAAAUGGCCAGGGUCCACCGGCAGGCCCAAAGUUUUAUUACACACUUCUAUAAUCUACGAAUACACACUUAAAAUGCUUAGUUCUUCAAGGGUUCUUUAGCAAAGAACAUGGUUUGAUGUAGAAGUAUGAAUACUCACAGAACCAUUUGCAUGAUUAAAAUGGUUCUUCAGACUGAUGGAGAACGUACUGAAGAUGGCUUUUGAAAAGGGUUCUAUAUAGCAUCACAAAGGGUUCUCACAUUGUUAUAAUAUCAAGCUCAUAACAAAAGUAGAACCCUUUUUGGUGCCUUACAGACCCCUUCACCAUGCAGAGACCCAUUUAUUCAUGCAAAUGGUUCUUUAUGUGUUCAUAAUUCUAUAUAGAACCAUUUUCUUUCCUGAAGAACCCUUGAAGAACCAUCAAUAUAGCCCAAAAAGUUUGCAUUAAAGACCCUGUAGUUAGUAAAAAUAAGCCUUAGUAUGUAACAAGCCUGGGAUAUUAACAAAUAAAAACAAUUAAUAAAAUUAUUUAAACCAUUCAGAAACACUUUAUUAUAUCAUGAAGUGUUCCCCGAGUCCAAACUUUUGAAGCAUCUGAAUGGUGUCAAUGCCUUUAAAAUAUACUCACAAAAAAGUAUUACAGGAAACGAUUAUAAAUACACUGCCUGAUGUCUGAGACAUUGUUUUGCGACAUUUUGAGAAGCUUUUGGCUUAAAAUGUCUUUUUACCACUCUGUUCGUGGUGGAGAGGCACAUGCAGAACACUGUAUAGCAAAAUAGUCCCAGAAGAAAACAUAUAUUUUUAGAUAUAUCACUAUUUUACCAUCACCAACAUUCCAUACAAAACCCAGAAGAUGUGUAUAGGUUGACUGGUGGUUCUGGAUGUUAAAUAAAAUAUAUAUUUAUAUAUUUAUAUAUUUAUGUUAUAUGUCUUAUAUGUUUAUGUCUAUAUUUGUGAUGUAGUCAUGGCAACCCCUGGUUCCUAUCACCACCACUGUAAAUAAAUCUACAAUCAACUCUACAAUCUCUACAAAUCAACCGCUUCACACUUCAAACCAAUCUGAAUGAGUUUGUUUCCAUUUUGAAAAAUCUUUGGAAUUCCUCUUUUAGUCAUUGUUACUACAGAGUCCCCCAAAACAAAAUGAGAAGAGUCCAUAAACCACUAUAGGUGUAGGUUGCUGGUAUAAAACAUUCUUAAUCUUGCUGAUACUUUUAAAAUAAUUGAGCAAAGACCAAAAUGUGUUAGGUUGUGCCCCGUUCUACUCUACUGGACUCAUAAAGGGAAUAUCUUUCAUCAUAUUCCAGCCCAGAUGCCAACGCAAACGCCAGCUAAGGUGCCAGCUUAGAGUGUUGUGUACCGAGUCACUGCAUAUGGGUUUGAAUAUCUGCUCUGUGUAUAGAAACCAAGAUUGAGGACACCCUGCUUGGAAAAGUUAAUCUUGGUUCAGUGGGGGUCUUCCCCAGUUCAUUUCCUGCCCAAUGUGGUUGCAAUUAGA